AAAAGCGGAAUUCCAGGACCCCUCUGGCUUGCGCUCUUUAUUGAUUAGGCCAAAUUUUCUUAUAAACAAAAGAGUUUGUUAACCGCAGUGUAGGAAGAGUAGGAAGACAUUGGAAGUUGCUGUGCAGCGAAUUACUUACAGCAACAUUUCGCCUUCGGUGAUCAGAACUCAGCACUUGUCAGUUUACAAGCUAAUUUAUUAAAAGGUUUAUUAUAAUAUGAUAAGAUAAAAUGUCGAUAAGUGGAAGAUGCAGAUUUGUGGUUGGCACGUUGGACGGCAAACGGGUGUCGUACAUCAUCGACGAGCCCGUUCAACAAAAUCGCCCUCUGUCUUCGAGCAAAGCGCAAUCCAAGCCGUCUAGCGAAUUCUUCUCAAGUAACAGGCCUGCUUCUACUUCAGCCUCGUCUGUCCAUCACGAGGAAGAGGACGACGAGGCAAAAAUAAACGCCUCUGUGGUGCUCAGCAACCAGCAACUGGACGAUCUGAUGGACAUCCUACACCACGUCAACGAUCAGCAGCAGAACAAACAAGCGUGGUCCGAGGACGAACAGUAUGUGAAAGAAUGUCAGUCGGCGGUGCACGAGGAGCCCACAAAGGACUCGAGUGAUCAUGAGUCGAGCAGAGAUUCCGGAUACUUUGGCACAGGUGUAAUGAGCGGCAGGCCAAGCUUGAUUGAGCUCAAAAAACAACAAUGGGCGAAAGAGAAAGUUGAAAUGCAGGGCCUUUUAUCACCAUGGGGCCAAGCCGAGUCUCCGAAAACUAGCAGUUACCAAGAUGCUUAUUCACUGCAACUGCAGCCAGAAAAUGGAGUAGACAAAACCAUUCCUAUCAUCACUUAUAACAAUAAAGAGAAGGAGUACUUUGAUAGUAACUACCCCAGUGACAUGUCAUACUCUCACACACCGGCCAGCAGAAUGAGCAGGAGUCCUGCUAAUCACGAUGGCCGUUCAAUUAGAGUCAACGGUGGAGGUGACGAGGGCCGUUUGAAGUGGGGCGACAGGGGUGUUGCCGUCGGCCACUUGUGGGAACCGUCGACGUCACCCUCGCGACUACCCGAGCCUCAGCGAUCCAGCCCAGCGUGGCUCGAGAAAAGUCUGGGCCACAAUGCAGGGGACGUGGAAAACGUAAUCCACAGCCGCAAGGUUUACAUCGACGCGAGUGAAAUGGAGGAGAGAGAGUUAAAAAGGAAAAAAGCUCUUGAGAACCAACAAUGCAUCAGACAACAGCUCGAAGAACGCGAUCGGCAAAGGAAAGAAGAGCGAGAGAAGAGAAUUCUUGAAGAAAAAGUAGAAGAAGAAAGGAUUAGAAAGGAAAAUGCAAUAAUUGAGGAGAGGUACCGACAAGAGAGGAACAGAGAGAAAAAGAAGGGCGAGGAGGAAAAUAAAGAGCACGAAAAGCAGCAGCAUCCUGGAAGAAGCACUAAACAAAGCAAGGGCUGGAAUAAGAAGGAAGCAUCUCCACGGUCAAGGAACAGGCAGCGCCGAGAGACUGAAACUUACGCGCAGUUGCAAAGGAGAAGCCAAAUAUUUCCUAGUCACGAGCCGGAAAUCUUGACCUUGCACCACCCAGCUGAGGAAAGCAACACUGCAGUUCAGAAUUUUUCCAUCAACGAAGAAUACAAAAGAGUGCACCAAGAUUAUGGAGCCAAACCUAUCAAUAUUCCAAUAAAAAUAGAAGGAGGCGACGAUGAGAUGAUUUUGCUUGGCAAGGAAGUUGCCGUUUUGCUUGCUCCAGAAUUAGAGCGGCGCAUUCUAAUGAGCCGAUCAGGUCGUGAUGUUGCGACCCAGACUGACAUCUCGCAACAGGUAUUUACCCGCCAUAACAAAAAGCAACCCCAGCAGCAGUUAAUGCUUUCAAAUCAACCGCGUCCAAUUUGGGGCGCAAAUAGAACAGAUAAAAAGUACAUGAAGCAGAGUGACAAGGACAUCUACAGGAUAAGGUGCAGCAGUUUAAAUUCAAGGUCAAAGGUGACCACAGACAGCACUGAUGAAUCCGAUAAGUAUCCAAGGUCAUCGUCACCACCCCAGCUGGAUAGAAGAAAAAGAGCUCAGUCCUUGGGCAAAAAUAAAAACAGCAAUAAUCUUCAGAGGUCAAGCGAGGAUGACUCGGCGUACUACGAAGGUCGCAGGCCCAGAAGGGAAAUGUGGCAAGAGAGAAAUAAUGUCAAAGUCCCUGCCCCUCUCUCUUGGCAUGUCGACAUCAACGAUGCACCCCCUCAUCAGCCAAAACGCGCACCAGCAAGAAGAAUCACUGCAAACUCACCUCCUGUGCCUACUCUGCAAACAAAGACUAAACCGGCGCCAGAAGAGAGACAAAAAUCACCAAGUCCCCGGCCAACUCCUGUCGCCUGUCCGCCUUCACCACCAGUGCCUGCUGUGCUCAGACAACUCCAAGAACAGGUUCUACCACCUUUGAAUCACGAAAUCAAAGUCCUCAGGUCUGCACCGCCAGUGCUCAAGUCACUUCCUUUACAGAGGGACGAAGAUGACAAAGUGGCCCUUCCAGAAAUAAAACAAAACUUGAUCAACUUGCCUAGCGAUUCUUCAGAUUUGCUCUCACAACUCUCCACAAUUAGAAGGAACUUGCAGAAUAAGCAUAGCGAGUGGCAAGCGCUAACCGAUGAAGCCGAAUGAACGAAAUUUAAAUACUGAACAAAUCUUCUAAACUCACGACCAAUAUUUUGCAAUGUUUAAAAAAAUUUAAAAGUUUUAAUAAUAAAUGACGAUUCCCUUUGGAAAUUUUACUUUUUGGCAUGUCUUUUAAAAUGCACAAAAAUGGC